AUGCCCCCCAAGGCGUCCAGUUCGUCCGGCAAGAAGAAGAGCAGUUCUGGUAGCACAGAUGAUGUGAAAACGCCAAAAUUCAAGCUUCCAACGACGUUCAUAGCCCGACCCAGCACCAAGACAGACGACCGCGCUAUUUGCAAUGUUUAUAUGAGCAAAGAGGUGAUGAAGGCGCUUGAAAUUGAGGUUGACGGAUUAUGUCUGGUUGGAAAACUCAGUGAAAACGGUGUGGUGGCCGUGGCGCAUUUUGGCGACGAUUCGAUGCCAGACAAUGUGGUGCAAGUCUCAGAGCCGCUUCGAUCUGUGGGAAAUAUAUUGUUGGGAGACCGCAUCGAGGUUAAAAAGGCGAACCUGCAGCCGGAAUAUGCGUCGAGCGUUACAGUGGGAUCAAAACAGGGUGUGCAACUACCAGCUGAAGCAGAAAAGCAUAUUGGUAAAUUGAUGGAUGAGUGCGGGCUGGUAAUGCCAGGAAUGGCGUUUUCUAGUCGUGUAAUCACUGAAGAUCUAGUCUUAGACCUAGUUAUCACAAGUGUCAAUGAUAUACCCGCCGAUGAGCUGCCUAAUAUUGCGAAACUCGACCUGAACGGCUCAGAUUCCGUGCAAAACCAAGUUUUCUAUCUCUCCCCACCUGCAAUUUUCCGCAAAGACACCACCAAGAUUAUUUUGAGUACAGAGGUGGCUCCUUCGUUCAAAUACGGACUCCCACAGCCCAUGAGCUACGACAGCGUUGGUGGAUUGAACAAAGAGGUGGACUUGCUCAAAAGAACCAUUGAACUCCCGCUACACGAGCCAACUCUAUUCGCUGAGUUCGGGGUGACUCCGCCCCGAGGAAUUCUACUUCAUGGCCCCCCAGGAACGGGUAAAACAAUGCUGCUGAGAUGCGUCGCCGGUGAGGCAAACGCACACAUUUUAACCAUCAACGGACCGUCCAUCGUCUCGAAAUACCUUGGAGAAACAGAAGCCGCCCUAAGAGACAUUUUUAACGAGGCCAAGCUAUACCAGCCGUCGAUAAUUUUCAUUGACGAAAUCGAUUCCUUGGCGCCUAGCAGAUCGAGCGAUGAUUCAGGCGAAGUCGAGAGCAGGGUCGUUGCAACCUUGCUUACUUUAAUGGAUGGCAUGGGCAGCUCGGGCCGUGUUGUGGUUGUUGCCGCGACAAACAGGCCCAACUCUGUCGACUCGGCAUUGAGAAGGCCGGGACGGCUAGACCAAGAAGUCGAGAUUGGAAUUCCUGACGCUGAUGCCAGACAUGACAUUCUGAUCAAGCAAUUCAGCAAGGUUUCGGUAAAACGUCAUGAGCUGAGCGCAGACGACAUACAGCUCGUUGCAUCUCGCACGCAUGGUUAUGUUGGCGCGGAUUUGGUGGCAUUGUGCAGGGAGUCGGUGAUGAAAACGGUCCAGAGAGGCGUCAUUCAGAAUCUGGCCAGAGACACUUUGAAGAUCACCUUGAAAGAUGUGGAAGACGCCAUGACGGAGAUACGUCCAAGCGCCAUGCGAGAGAUCUUCCUUGAAAUGCCAAAAGUGUACUGGUCAGAUAUUGGCGGUCAAGAUGACCUCAAGGUGAAAUUGAGAGAGAUGAUCCAACUGCCGCUAGAAGCGUCCGAGUCCUUUGAGCGUCUUGGAGUGUCAGCUCCGAAAGGUGUGCUGCUUUAUGGACCGCCUGGUUGCUCCAAAACUCUGACGGCGAAGGCACUGGCCACCGAAUCUGGUGUAAACUUUUUGGCUGUGAAAGGGCCCGAGAUCUUCAAUAAAUAUGUGGGUGAAUCGGAGAAAGCGAUCAGAGAAGUGUUCAGGAAGGCAAGGGCAGCGGCCCCCAGUAUCAUUUUUUUCGACGAGAUCGAUGCUUUGUCUCCUGACCGUGAUUCUGGUGGUUCUACGUCCGCAGCGAACCAUGUGCUUACUUCUUUGUUGAAUGAGAUUGACGGUGUUGAAGAACUUAACGGAGUUGUUAUAGUAGCUGCAACCAACAGACCCGACGAAAUCGACCCGGCGCUGUUGAGACCAGGAAGACUCGACCGUCAUAUUUAUGUCGGUCCGCCAGAUUUUGAGGCCAGGCUACAGAUCUUAAAGAAAAACACGAAGAACUUUCAAGUGGAAGAUGCAGACGCUAUUUUGAAAGAUCUGGCAGAGAGAACCGAGGGCUGUUCUGGUGCAGAAGUGGUGCUUUUAUGUCAAGAAGCUGGAUUGGCUGCUAUCAUGGAAACUCUCGAAGCUGAGCGAGUACAGAAAAAACAUUUCGAGAAAGCACUCAGCGGCAUCUCGCGAGGCAUCGACCAAGAGAUGCUAGACUACUACCAGAGCUUCCAGUCUCGCAGUGGCAUUUCGGCUUGA